UCUUCCAUGGCUCGAACCCACAAUUUUACGAACUACAGAAGAGUUCAUAUUUCGCACAGAAACCCAUUUGGCUGGUUGUUUGAGAUGCUGACCAAAAACCAUGGGAAGGCUUGAUGUCGACAUUGACGUCGAAAGGGGUUGUCAUGGGAGAGGUGAUAUCAAAUCCAUCGAACCCCCUCUUCGAAGAAUUCAAAAGGUGGGUCUUUGGAUUUCAGUUUAUGAUUCAGAAAUCACUCGUUUGUUCAACCAUCAGAUUCGAUUAUCGUUCUAGUCUUCUUGAAAGAGUUUCAGCUUAUAAGAAGCUAACUGAGUCCGCCAUUUUUGAGACUGUAAGUCCUUUAGGCAACGCAUUGGUUCAAGUAGCUGAAGCCAUGGAAAUACAGAGAUUGUAAUGCGAUUAGCUCAUAAAUGUCCACUCACUCCCAAGAAGUGGAACUUAAAGCAGCAAAAGCUGGACAAUAUGAGGCUGUGUUAAUUCUCAUUCGACUACAACAGUACAAAGUGAGUAUCUUGAGAUGUUAUUCAAUCUGGCCUUUGUCUCUUCAUCUUGGCCUGAGGUUGGGAGGAACAAGAAAAAGAAGGGAGUCAACAAUCAAGAUGGAAGGCUGCAAGCGAAUUCACAAAUACCCGCUGCUGUUGUUGAUGCUGCCAAAAGAAGGAAAACAGAGAUAAUUGUGAUUGCUAUGUGAUCCACGUUCACCACAUCUUGAGUGAACUGAAGAAGCUAUUGAAGAAAGAAAAGCUAAGAUUCACCACAUAUAGAAUACAUUGACCAUGAAGAAAGCAAUAAAAGUUCUAGCUUCCUCAAGAAAAAAAGAGUUAAAGAAGUAGAUACUACUCCCAUGUGUUCCACACCAAGCUCGUUUACAAUUCGUAAGAACUUGGUUCCCUAACAUAUGAGCCCGCCUAACACUUAGUUCUUAUCAUCUUCAAUUGUAAUGCCAAUGCUUCAUUCAUUAAUCUGAGUCUUCGUAGUUUGUGCAUGACUCCUCCCGGCUAGGAAUGGAUCGGGUUGGUUGAUUAUCGGUCAACCGACUUUAAAGUAUUUUGGUAAUAGUAACCACCAAUUGACUUAUCUCUACAUGGGUCGGGUGAAAUUAUCGACCGGAUUUCAUGGUUUGAUUGACAAUUGAUUAUCGGCCAAAAAAAAUAGGUUGGUCAUGGGUCAGUUGAUGUGUAAAACCGAUCCCCCUUUUUUCUUUUUGAUUCAAUUGGUGUAGUCACUCCUUUAGCCAAAGUAUAGUUUCUCAAUUGGCGUCUUUUUCUUGAAAGUACUCUCUUUGAUGUAAGGUGAGUAGGGUAAACUGGAGUUAAGGUAUUGAUGCAGGUGACCCAAUCAAGUAAGUCUCACAUUGCUCAAUGUACUGUGUACUAUGUACUCUGUCUACAAAUAGACAUGCACACACUGCAUGGAACAUUGUCUCACCUAUUCUACAAGAUUUAUUCUAGCAAUAAAAAAGGAAAGUAAACAACAUUUAUGAGCUCAAUGGAUCGUGUUGAAAUAAGCUUUGAAGAUCCCAAUUGGCGAAGAUGGAACCAACAUACGGAGUCCCUGAAGAAAAAGGUGUUUCCCACCAUGACCUUAGGGGCUAGCAAAAUGAUGGAACGUACGCUGCGUGAAGCUGUGGUAGCAGGCGAUAUUGAUGGCUUCAUCGAAAGGCUUGAACGGUUCAUGUUGGAGAAGCAACUAGCCGCAAAUGUCAUUGUCGAACAACCGAGUCCGAUAGGGAACACAUUGCUUCAUAUUGCAGCAGAUUCAAGGAAGGUUGAGAUUACUCAACUUUUGGCUCAUCACUUUCCAAAUCUACUUCCCAAGUUAAAUUAUCAAGGUAAUAGUGCACUUCAUCUUGCUGCUAGAGCCAAAAAGCAUGAAAAGACAAAUCAUCAAGUUGAUAUUGCACUUUAUCUUGCUGGUAGAGCUAAAAUGCUUGAAACGGUUAAAGUUCUCGUCAACAUCGCAAAGACUCUUCCGCCUUCAACUACUUCUGAUGAUACAUUUAUGAUGAUCAAGAAUGAGAAAGGAAACACUGCGUUACAUGAGGCGGUGAUCCAAGAAAUCCAGGAAGUAGCCUUCACCGAUUUACCUGAGGCAGUGAUGCAAGAACGCCAUAAAGUAGCAUAUUGGCUUAUUCAAGCAGAUCAUGAAGCAGCUUAUUGUGUCAACGAGGAAGGUAAAUCUCCUUUGUACCUGGCUACGGAGCUUGGCAACAAAAACAUGCUGACACUGCUUUUGGAAGAAAUAGCUACCGAUGGCGAUGGCUAUGCAGUACUUGAAAAGUUAAAAGGAGAGAAGUCCCCAGUUGAUGCAGCUCUUCUGCAUGAAAACUCAGGUAUGCUAAAAGAAAUAUCUAUCAAAAAGCCUGAACUUCUUCACUACAUUGACAAAGAAGGUAAGAGCCCAUUUCAUUAUGCAGCAUCCAUUGGUUCCGUCGAGGGAAUCAAAUUCCUCUUAAAAGCAAAGGAAGAUGGUGCCCUGGUAAGAGACAAUAAUGGCUUCUAUCCGAUCCACGAAGCAUGCAAAAAUGGUCACGUUGAUGUUGUCAGGCUGUUGCUUGAAUUGUGGUCUGAUCCAGGGGAGUUUCUCACUAAUAAAGGCCAAAAUAUCUUUCAUGUUGCCGCUGAAAGUGGAGAAGAAACUGUGGUGAGGUAUCUACUCCAUGCUCAGAAGCUCGCAGACUUUGUGGUGGAGAUGGUGAACCAGAAGGACAAGGAAGGAAAUACACCUUUGCAUUUGGCGACUUUACAUGCCCGUUCUAUAGUAGUGUUUAGGCUGGUGCGCGAAAAAAAUGUUGACAACAAAUUGAAAAAUGGUGCAAACUUGACUGCUUAUGAUCUUGCUGUGGAGCAAUCAACGAUAGUAGAUUUGGGGAGCUCAGAGAAAUCCAAGUUAGAAGCAAUGGGCAAGGCAACAGGGUCAGAACUUCAGGGUCGUAAAACCCUCAUGGUCGAUGAUCAUCAGAAGAAAUCUAACUUAUCGGGAUGGAAACUCCGAGAAUCUUACGAAAGGAUGAUGACUCUAUCUAUCUUACAAUACGCCGCUCAUGCACCUUUAUCUGAUAAACUCCGCGUUCAACCCCGGCCACCAAGUAAGGAAGAUGUUUCAGCGAGCAUAAACAGUCUUAUUGUUGUAGCAACACUAGUUGCAGGUGCAACAUUUGCUGCUUCAGUCGCUAUACCCGGUGGGGAUUCUGAAAAAGAAACAAAAAAUUACAGAUAUGCGUUUCUGAUUUUCAACACUAUGGCAAUGAAUAUGGCCAUAAUUGCAGCAAUCAUUCUGUGCUGGGCACAACAAGGUGAUAUUAACAUAGCAUCUCUGGCUGCUUGGGGCGUGUCGUGGAUCGUGGGAGGUUCCCUCUACAUGCUUUGCUUCGCAUUCUUAUCCGCAGUACUUAUAGCAGUUAGCAAAUACACGACAUUUGCUUGGAUUGUUGUUGUGAUUGAAGGGGUGUAUAUUGUUUUCCACACAGUGCUUUUGGUUCCUCUGGUAAUGCCAUCCAGGAUCAAGCAGAUGCUCAUAAGACUCUUUUACUUGGUUUUGUUUUCUGUAUACUACAUUGUUGUAAGGUUAGGGAAACGAUCUGCUCUCGGAGGCAAGAAAAGUACCAGCAAUCCUUGAAAGAUUUCUCGGAGCAAUAUGAAUAAAUGACUGUAAUAUUAAGUGUGUUUGAGUGUGUGUGUUUCUUUGUAUACGUACUUACGAAUUGUUUUUCAUUCAAGUUGUAUUGUUCUGAAGACCACCAUUGAUGUACUGGAAUGCAAAGGAACAUUUUAAUGUUCUAUCAUGUACAAUGAUACAAAUAUUUAUGCCCAUGUUAUUUAUGGUUACUUAUCUCAUACUUAAUCAAAUAUUAAAGUACCCAACAAGUGGACAAGUGGUACCCCAACCGAGACCAUGUUAAAAUUCUCAACCUUAACACAAUAUUGUUAAUAAGGAUAUUGUCCGUUCCGAGCCACGGGC